AGUUCUAAACAAACUGAAAAGAAAACUUACACGAGUAUUCAAAAUCACAAGACUGUCAUCGUUCUGCCCUUCCCCAGUUUCGCUGCCCCAAUUUCCGCUUAUAUACUGUGCCGCCUGUGCGCACACACUAUACCCCGUUUCCAUAUCAGCCCCAACUCUCGAACUGAAGGAGGAUCGGCCAUCGCGACACCGCCGGUCGCCUCAUAUACUGCUACUGCCGCAGCGCGGGACUUUAAGUUAGAGUCAUUCAAAGCUUUGCUGCACGGUUGUAUGCAUCUCAGGAACUGAUAUCAUAUCCCUGAGCUGAUAUGGGUUUUGAUAUUGAGUGUAUAAUUGACAUCCACAAUUAUCCUGGGGAAUAUUUCUGUCCCGUUUGCCGCACUCUCGUAUACCCAAAUGAAGCACUUCAGUCUCAAUGCACUCAUCUCUAUUGCAAAGCUUGUUUGGCACAUGUUUCUAAUGGGGACAAGGCAUGUCCAUAUGAUGGGUAUUUAGUGCUUGAAGCACAUUCCAAGCCUCUUAUUGAAACAAACAAAAUUCUUGCCGAGACCAUUGGCAAAGUCAAAGUGCGCUGUCUAUUUCAUAAAAGUGGAUGUACAUGGGAAGGAAUUUUAUCUGAAUGUACCUCACAUUGUCCUGGAUGUGCUUAUGGAAAUUCCCCAGUUAUAUGCAACAGGUGUGGAGUGCAAAUUGUGCAUCGGCAAGUGCAUGAACAUGCUCAGACUUGUGCAGGUGUGUAUCCAUCACAGCAGGCUGUAGAAGUUAAUCCUAACUCUCAAUCUGGAGCACCAGCUACUGCUGCUGCUGCAGGUACUGACCAGAAUAAACAAGUUGCUCAACCUAACUCACAAGCUUCUCAGGUUCAGAAUCCGCAGAUUAGUGCUGCUCCUUCGCUUCCUGGUCAAGAUCUCAACCAGCAAACUAAUGUCAAUUCUCAAGCCCCAACUGCUGUGGCUACUCCUGAACAGUGGUACCAACAACAGUAUCAGCAAUACUAUCAGCAGUAUGCUGGAUAUGACCCUUAUCAGCAGUCUUAUCAACAGUACUAUCCCUACCAACAACAGGGUGUGCAACAAUAUCAACAACACCCACCACAUGUGCAAGGGCAAACACAGCCUCAAGUCUACGGCCAACCUCAGCUCCAGGCUCAACCACAAUCUUAUCCCCAGGUGCAACCUCAACCAUCAACUCAAUCUCAGCCUCAAGCCCAAGUUCCAACGCAAGUGCAGGUCCAACAGCAUAUUCAACCUUUGGCUACACAACACCAGAACCAAAGUCAAGUCAACCAACAACAAUUAUUUCAGCCUCCUGUACAAUCGCAUGCACAAGUUCCCCCACAAUCAUAUCCACCUCCUCAUGGUCAGGCCCCACAGCCUUAUCCAGUGCAGCCACAUCCACAAGGAUUGCAACAUAUGCAAGCCCCUCCUUACCAGCAGCCUUCUGUAAAUUUGCAUAAUGCACAGCCAUCUAUGGCAUUACCACAGCAAAAUCCUCAAGUCCAACCGCAAGUAAGCAUGCACCCUCCUCAGUCUAACCAGCCUGCUGCUGCUCCCAUACUCCAGCCUCAGAACCCACUUCAACCUCCUCAUGCACUCACAGGACACCAGUCCUACCCACAAUCUCAACUUCAAAUGCCUGUGAGGUCUGGCGCAAGUGGACCUCUCCCUUCUGCCCACACCCAAAGUCAGGUUCUGCAGCAGCAGCAACCUAUGAUGCGCCCUCCUCAUGCUCCUAUUGCCAAUCAACAACAGGGUAUGCUGACUUCUCAAGGUCAAUUUGUUUCACAACAAUCCUUGCUCCCCCCAAAUGCUCAAUACAAUGGCCUUCCAGUUCAGUCACGUCCUCCUCAAGCAACUCAACUACCGGUGUCUCAGCAGUAUCCCCAGCAGCCAUUUGCGGGUGCAUUCCCUAGCCAGUCACACCAGCAAGGUCCCUCUGUGCAUCAGCAGCCGGCUUACUUACAUCCACCUGGUCCUCCUCAUAUGGCACCUCAAUCAACUCAAAGCUAUCAUGCCCCUGUCCAAUCACAGCCAAAUGUUGUGUUAGGUCCUGGCAUGCACCCUCAAUCAUCUCACAAUUAUUUUGGAAAAGCAAUGCCUCCUGCAUCUAGUGGAUCCGGUGUUGCACAUCCAAAUCUAGCAGUGCAACAUGGCUCAAACCAACCACCUAAUGGUCAUUAUUCAAACUCUGUGAACAACCAACUGCAAGCUUCUAUAGAUCAAAAGAAAUCUGUAGCACAUGAGGGCCAAGUUGACCCCACAUUCACAAAACUUGAACACAAAGCAAAAACUACAAUAACUUCUCAAAACAGUGCUGGCAAGGAGGGCGGUGUGCUUGGAACUGAAUCUUUUGAAACUAAUGCUGUAAAACUGGAAACAGGCAUGAUCAGUGAACAAGAUACCGCAAUGGAGUGUGCGAGAAGCAAUCACACUGAUAAAGGCAAUUCUAAUGACCCUGCAAUGAAGCAAACUGUUAAGGAAGAGCAUAGUGGGAAUGCUGCAGAGUUGUCAUCUGGUGCCAAAUCAGCUCAUACUGACGGUUUGAUAGACAGAGCCUCUGGUAGAUUGCCUGGUAAUUUUCAUCCCCAUACAGGCUUUGAAGUUUCAUCUAACACUUCUCAGGGAUUUCCUUCAAGUGCUUUGCCUUUUGGUUCAGCUGGUAUGGGAAGAGCACCACUAUCUGGACCUGAAGGCCACUUUGCCCCCCAUCAUACUCCUUUGAAUGUCAAUGAAAGUCACUUUGGGCAGCAGCAUCCAACUAAUCGAAUGGAAGCUGAAAUGUUCCAUAACAGAAGGAUGAAUGGAAUUGACAGAGGACUGCCAUAUCACACUGAACAUUCUCAUGAUGAAAGGUUGAAAGUCUCAGGUGUGGAUCAUUCGGGAACUUUUCCAGGAGAACCUCGUUGGCCUCUUGAUCAAGCUGGACCUGGUCCAUUUGACAAGGGGCCUCAUGGAUUUAACUAUGACAGUAAUGCUCUUGCUCCAUCAAGAUUUUUGCCACCAUAUCAUCCUCCUGGUGCCCCAUUCAAUAUUGGUGGUGCAGAGAGAGAAUUGCGGCAUAGUCUGCUUAAUGACGAGAGAAGAAAUGCUGAUUUUGUCCACAGGCAUACUGAUUUUCUUGGACCAGGACAUGGAUUUGGUCCUGAACGCAUGGAUCGCUUUGCUCCUAGGAGUCCUCCCAGAGAAUACUUUGGCAUCCCACCCCGUGGAUUUCUUCCUCAUGGUCCUGCUGGUUUUGAUGAUCUUGAUGGCAGAGAAGCACACAUGUUUCCUGGAGGGUCUAGACCUUUCAGACAUCCUCCUAAUCCAGUUAGGAACUCAUUUCAUGAUGACGGGUUCCUUCCUUUGCAUCGCCACCCACGGGGAGACAUGGUGGGCGAGCAUAUGGUACCUAGACAUUUGAGAGGGGUUGAUCCUUUGGGACGUCGAAAUUUGCACAUUGGAGAACCUGCUGGUUUUGGUCCAUUUGGAGGCCCUGGUAGUUUGCCGCAUCUACCGUUUGGUGAAUCAUUUGGAGGGAACAAGCCAGCUUUUCCGCGUCCUGGGGAGCCUGUUUUUAGGAGCAGAUAUUCUCUACAAGGAGUUUCUAAUGAAGAAACUUUUAUGGGUGAUGCUGACUCCUUCGAUAGAACAAGGAAUAGGAUUUCACUGAGUAUGGGCUGGUGUCGCAUUUGCAAGGUUGAUUGUGAAACCAUGGAGGGCCUGGAUAUGCAUUCACAAACAAGAGAGCACCAAAAUAUGGCUAUGGAUAUGGUUAGAAGUAUCAAGGAACAAAACAAAAAGAGACAAAAGAGUAACACAGCAGUUGAAGAGGGAGGGAAGAUUAGAAAUGCUGCUUUUGAGGGUGGUGCUAACAAACCUUGAGUCCUGCAGCGUAUUGCAAGGAUUAGAAGGUGGAUGCCUUCUUCGGGAGAUGGUUUUGGGAAGUUGGAAGCCAAAUUCUGUUGCAGUUAAGUGUGUCUUGUUUACAACUUUGAGAUCCUUAUUUAUGCUGGGAGAAUUUUGUCAGUUUAUUAGUUGACUAGUUGAGCUGUUCUGCACUUCUGCUGAUGGAAUUUGAGACCAUAUGCUGAUAAAUGUUGUGUACUUUAUUUUGCGAUUUGAAUUGUACAAGUGCCUUUAGAUAAUUUGUGAAGAAUUAAUCUUGCUAUGGGUCACAGUCACCAUUAAUCAUAUUAGCAGAUAACAGAACCCUAUUCCCCAGACGAGAUGGAAAAAGGGUUACUUGGAGCCAGAAAUGAGAUAAUAUGUGACUACUUCUUUAGUAGCCGAGUAGGUUGCAGAGGCUUUUUGGUCAUGAUAUCAUUGAAAACCGUCAAUCAUCUAUGCUUCAAAAGAUCUAGGAAGUUUAGGAGUAGAAGUAUAUGAAAUCACACCUGUGAAGAACUUAAUUUUAUAACCUAUGAAAUAUUUUGACUAGUACAAGUCUCAUUUAAAUUACCCCAUAUUUUUAUGGAUUAUGUAUACAUGGAAUGCUCUCCUUGAAAAUAUCUUUCUCCCCCCUUUAAAAUUAGAUGAGAGAAGUAAACAUUACUUUCCUUAAAAUUACCAUCUCAUUGGAUGAAAAAUUAAUGUUUAUGUUUUUAUACUUAAUUUGGUCCUUGGUCAAAAGAGACAUCUUUGUUCCAAUUUUCACUCUUUUCCAAACUGCUGGCCCCAUUGCCUUUGCAUGUUCCUCUCAUAGUUGGCUUAGAACAAAAUCUCAUCAAUUAGUAGUUUUUAUCUGUCCUCAUUUGAGUUUGGACUUGGUGUUUAGUGGAUUAGUUGUUAUCUUAUUUAGUUGCAACUUUUGAAUUUGAUGUUUACUGAUGCACCACUCUGUCCACUUUGGCCAUUAAUAUAUUUGAUUGGCUAUUAGUAAAAAUCAUAAAAAAAUCAUAUUUUGAAAUUUUACUAUGAGACCAAUUUUAUAUUAUUUUUUUAAUAUUAUUAUUUAAUACAUUGAUGAAUAAAAUGUGGUCAAACUUCAAAGUAGAGUAUUUGAAUAGUGUAAAGUCAAAGUGUCACAACUAUUAAAGUUGGUCAUAUUUUUUAUUUAAAAAUUGAUGUACUGGACAGUCACAAAAGAUUUUGGGUAAUUUUUUUUAAUGGUUCAUAAAAAUUAUGUACAAAGUACAAACAUUGGGGUCCCAUUUUUACUAUUAUUAGUAUGAAUGAUUUGGUAAUUGAUUCAACAAUUUGAGCCAUAACUCCAUAAGAUACAGGAAAAUCAGGGCCACUAAAAUAAACUAGUGGCAUUGAUUUUUUUUGUGAUAAACCUUUUUAGUAAUGAUGACCCUCUAAACCAAGAGGUAGAAGACACUUCUGAAACCUUGGGAGCAUGUUUUACUUCAGAAAAAAAUAUCUAGGUUAAUUGAUUCUAUAUGAAGCACGUUAUCAUAAUGAAUGAUCAAAACUCUUUAAUAAAGAAUCAUCACUAUUCAUUAGGUGUACAUGUUGUGAGGCAUAUAUUGUAAAUAUGGAGCCCAUUAGGUAACUAUGGAAUUGGUUGAAUGGACUGAAUCUACUGAAAUUGCUGUACUUUUGGAUGAAAUAGUUGAAUUGGAUGAAUUUGUUGAAAUCUGGAAAAGUUAUAUUUGAAACAUAAAUAAACAAAUAAAACAUAGAAAAAUUAUAUAGAAAAAGCUAAAGUUGUCUGCUUCAUCAACUUUAGCCCAUUCAACAAGAAAAGUAACUUCAUACUUACUUAUUUUGAUUAUUACACAUUUCAGCCUACAAAAUCAAAAGCUUAGUGAUUGGUAAAAAUUAGCUAACAAGGCUCAUAAGUCCAGACUCAAGAAUAGGGGUUACCAAAUGAGAUCAUAGUUAUUGGAUGAUGAAUGCAAUUCUUACCAUAAGAGGAAUGACAUGCUCUAUAAGUUUAUACUCUUUCCGUCCUAUUUCUCUUGUCAGCAUUGAUGGGCAUGAGAAAUAUGGAAUUGAAAACUGUGUUGUAAAGAUUUACACAUACGAGAGAGGAAAAAUGUAAACCACUUUAUUUUCCUUUAUACAAAAAUUGACAAAACUUUUUUAGAUAACCAAAUUAGGAAAGUGGGUAACAGUAACAAAGACCGAGUGACCGAGAAAGUACACAUAUCCCGAAUUAUACUGAUAUUUAUCCUAUGAAUAGUACACAUUGAAGUGACUGUCAAGUUGAAAUUGCAUUUAAAUUGUAGAAAUCAGUUGAAGUUCAUAAGAAAUAGAAAUGCUAAUCUUGCCAUCAAAUCGUAUCGUUACAAUAGAAUUUUCAAUACACAUGGUAGUAGCUAUGAGUAACUUGUCUGUGUAUAUUACUUUAUAGCGUAGUAGGUACUUUUUUGGGCUCAAAGUUGUGAAUGGCAAUUAGGAAAUCCUUCCUAGGAUUCAGGAAGAAUUUUUAUCUCAAUUCUUCACUGCAGUUUUAUUAAUCAUGAAAUGUGGUGUUAGCUAAUUUUGGACAGUCAAUGGGCUACAAGUUUUAUGCUGCCAGCCCUUAUCGUAAUGAUGUCUGUUAGAAAUUCGAGUGGAUACAUUUUUUUAAUACCAACCAAGGGAUAUAUGAUAUAUAAAGAAAGCGUGCUAUUGUAAGCUUCUUAGUCCUAUUUUUCCCAGCCUUUUAGGACUCAUUCUAUCAAAAACCCUGUUUAGAAGGAGAUAGUAAUCCCAGGCCAAGAUGAAGCAAGGUCAGGAUAGAAGAGGGCAGCCUGCCACCAACUCACCAAAAAAGAGAGAGGAUGCUUUCCACAGAGAAAAUUGACAUUUUUGUUGGAUGGCCAGGAUAUGUUUGAUGCACACUUUUAUUCAACUGGUAACCUACUGGUGUUUGUUUUGUUUAAUAUAAUCUGACUAACUGGCAUUCUUUGUCAGCUAAUCACAUUUCUAGUUCUCUAUACAGAUAUAGUUAAUAGUUAUAUAUUGGUGAAACGGGAGGAAGUGAUUAGGGAGUUGGUUUUGUAUUUUAUGCUAGGAGAAAAUAAUACACGAUUUAUAUACUUGGGCUCAUAAAAUGGACUCUUGAACCAGCGAAGUAGACUCUUGAACUAGUCAUAUAGGAGCACACCAAGGGGAUGUUUGAGCAGUAACCUGUCAACCCUAAUAGUUCAUGCUGUGCAAAGUAAAACUUGUUAUGAAUCUUUGUACGACACUAUUUUUUUUUUAAGGAUUUGUAGGACAAUAUUAAAUGUACCUAUUUUAAAAUGAAACAAUAGGAGCAUACCCAUUAAUUUUAGAACAGAAAAUAAUGACUCAAAACUUGGGGGUUCCAGCAUGCAAAUUCUAUAUUUUAUCCUUGCUUUUAUAUAUACAUUCAAAUUGAAGCCUGGAGUGUGCCUGAGAAGCAGUUCAUACUUCAUACCUCAUUGUGGAAUUUAUUCUUAAAACUAUUUUUGGAUGGACUAGACCAUAAAUUUUUUCUUGGUGAUAGUUAGACCAUGCUAGCUAAUUGUAGAUUCACCUGAACAGAUUUAGGAUCUAACUACUAACUAUAUAUUAUUUCAAGUUAUAUCUAAUAUUUAAAUGUACAUAUAAGGAGUUACAGACUAUAUCUCGAUAUGCCCUCGUAAGGCUAUGCCUAUCAUUUAAGUUUUAUGUUGUAAGUUAUUGGUUUAAUGGGUCUUGGGGUGGCUUUAUGCAUUUUGUGAUGGACAUGGACUAUCCUGGACAUCGGCUAUUCUACUUGACAUACACUAGGAUGAUGAGAAAUUUGAUUAUUAUUCUGUGAAAAUUUCAUCAUUAUGAUUGAAUAAAAAAUCGGUUGACAUUUAAGGUGUUUGUUUUUUGUUUUUCCAAAUUAGGAUUUAUAAUACUAGUUAAUAGUUUCACAGCACUAGCCAUGGCCAAGUUGAAGGGUUAAGUUUUCACACUUCCCUCAAGGCAUUCCAAUCCCACAAACCUUUCCAAAAAAUAGUGUUAUAGUGAAUUUGGCUAAUGUUUACUUAUUUUAUCCUAUGAAGUCAACAUAGUAUAAAGUCAUACUAAGCUGGUCAAUUCAAUCUAAUCAAUCUUUAGUCUUUAUCACCAAAGGAAAUGAGUCCUAAAUGUACUAUUCUUAGAAUUAGGUUUCUCCAUGGGCAUACUUUUUGAGAAAAUAUUUAGAAGUCAUGACAUGUUGGACAGUUGGUAAUUGGCAACCACAGAGAUGAUACAUAUAAGUACUUAUUGGUGUAUCUUUGUGUUUAUUAGUCUCUUUAAAUCUGAAAUUCUCCAGAGAAAUGUGUAUGGUUUUCCUUCACAUAUGCUGAAAUUUUGUCUAGGGAGUAUAAUGGGGGUGGAUACUUCAUAGAACAAUUCUUAGUCCUCCGUUUCCAACAUUUCACCACUAAGUGGAGUGUAUGCCAAAGGUGUAGUAUCUGUAUGAAUCGACCAUAUGAGAAAGGUGAUUCAGGUCUUCUAGAUAUCUAAUUGCUUCUGAGGUGAAUAGGGUUCCAAGUGAAAAGGUUUUAUGAUGACAUCUAUCUACUCAUAAUACUAAAUGGAAUUUAAUGACUUUGGGAUUACGGGAUACACAUUCAAAUAUCAAUUUAGGUAUACCCAAAUGGUUUCUAUUGUAAUUGGAAUGAUCAUUUUUUAACUUAGUUGAGUAUGGGAAAUGAACUUAGAAUCCUCAUAUCAACUCUAUGAUCAAAUUCUAACAUCAUAGCAAAAUCUCUUUUGGCUUUAACAUUUACAAUCAUUGAUUCCAAAUAGAAAGAUGAAUUUCGAACUUAGGUUAGAUUCUUGAAGCUGACAAAGGGUAUCCUGCUUAAUUGCAACAAUCAUGUCAUUCCUUGUAUGUUAGCUAUUACUCUGUAUUAUAAUUCAUAUAUGUAGUCAAACAGUGUUUGAUGAAAUAACUUGAUGGGAAUAUUCUAUAUAUUCACACGUGGUUGUUUAGUGUACGCAUUUAUUCAUUAGUACUUCGAUAGACAUGUUUUUAGUGAAUAAUAGAUACAGUUAACACAUAUAGUAAAACCACGAAAUACAGGCAUCCCAACUAGAGCAAGAAGAGCUAUUUGUGAGAAAUAAUGUGGUAGUGCCUACUAGAAUUCAGAGCCUUUAUGGAUACGGCUAAAGACAAGGGAAGAUAAGUGAUCUUUUGGCGUAAUCUCAAUUGUGAUUAUUUUUUGUAUGUAUGCUAAAAAUAAUAAUGCAAGCAAAGGCUCGUGGAGCUGUGGAUUCUAGGAAGUAGAAACUGUAGAACAAUUUACUCUAUUGCGUGCCCCUCACAGGGAGUAGACAUAUUCAAUUUGACAUAUUCAUAUGAAAUAGAUGAAUAGCAAUGAGAUCCUCGGUGUAAUGUUAAGAAUACCUAUGAUUUCUAGAAUUCAUCUUUCUUUUGAUGUGAAAUUCAAGAAAAAUAAAAAAAAUGAGUGACUAUCUCUGAAGUAAAGAAGAUCAAUAACUGAAGUGGGAGUUCAGUAAAAAAUAAAACCCUUUUUUGAUGGUUUCUCUCAUUCAUAAUUGUGCAUGAGAUUUUCAUCUAACACCGGCUCCAAAGUGAUGAUUAAAGAUAGAUGGUUCUUUCCAUAACACGAUAACGGAUGCUUUUUAAGAUGUACCCUGUGAAGGAUUAAAAGAAAAACAAUAUACUACCUCCAUUUUCUUUCAAUUGUAACACUGGACUUUUUGCACUAUUUACUUAUUCUACUUCGACUAUAUUUUAUUUAUUAAAGUAUUACGGAGUAUAAAUUAAAUUUUUAAAAACUAUUGUUAAAUUCUUCUCAUUCUAAAUUUUCAAAAUAUAAAUUUUUAAUUUUUUUUAUUAAUAAGGAAUGAAAGAUAUUAAUGGUCAAACUUGUGCGUUGGCAAAUGUGAAAUGUUGACUUUUUCAAUUAAAAGAGAUCAAAGGAAGUAUACAAAAAUAGUUGAAGUAUUGUGACCUCAUUAGUCUCUUCGAGAUUCUUUUGACCCAUGAUGCUCAUAAGAGAGUAUCAACUAUCAACUGAACUUGCCAAAUAUCUUAUUUAUAGGAGACAUGAGAAGAGAGGUUCUUUUUUAAACCAAGAUUAAGAAGGAUUGUUUCAAUUAAUUUAGCCUUAGUGUGCAAGUAAACCUCCAAAGGUGAAGGGUUAUUUGAUUAGGCUACAGAUAUUUGGCAGUGGCUUUUAAAGCGAUGUUUGAAUUUAUUUCCAGACUAGGCAAAUAUAGUUUUUUACGUAUUAGCCUAGUAGGUAUUUUUAUAAUUUUAAUUUUUGUUUUUCAUCCAUGUAAUCAGUUUUGCACUAUUAUCGUUUUCACUGACUUUCUAAUAGCCUUUGUUAAAAAAUAAACAUACACUAACACGAUUUUUGUCAUUUUUAUUUUUUUGAAAAAUUAAACUUUUGUUCAUAGAUAGCCUAUAUUAAAAGGAGUGAUUAGUUUCGGUGGGAUUAACUAUAGUAAGUUAAAAAAAAAUAGUUGACGGGGAAGCUUAGAAAAGAGUGAUGUUCGUGUUUUUUUUUUUGUUUUUUUUCUUCAAAAUCCCUGUUGGCUGAGAGUUAGAUAUAGACUAGAAGAAAAUAAGUUAAGGAUGAAAAGCAAAAGAAAAGUUGCUAAUAUUUAAACCAACGAGUGCUAUAUCUGAAGGGGGACUGAAGCAUGUUCAAGUAUUUGAAACAUAGUAGACCAAUUGCAUAAGGUGCAGCCGUGCAGGAUGAGAUUUUUAAAUUGCCUUGGAGGAUUGUAACACUCCAAGUGUGCUAGGAAAUUCAGAGUUGUCCUUUAAGGUUGGUGAAAACAUCCAUAAGCAUUUGAAGGUUGAAAUAUGAUGGAGUGUAAUUGGAAUUCCAUCCAUCUAUCUAUAUCUCUUUCCUUUGCAAGUUCUUUGUAGGAUGUGAGAAGGCAAUAUGGUGGAUGCCUUAUUUGUGGUUCUCAGCUCGUCUUUGCGAGGUGUCAUUACCAGGGCAAUCUCGUCUUUGUCUAUUUUAUUUUCUGCCUGUGUUCAUUCUGUUUUGCUUAAGUUGUAAGCUGGGCUGAAGUCAUUGUUUUUCUAAGGCCUAUAGACUUGAUCUUAUCUUAAUAAAAUUCUGAGUAAUUGUAUUUGCGACCUUCGAUUUGUUAUUUCACAAUCACCAAUUCAAUUAUUAAAAUAAAA